AUGCCGCACCUAGUAGGGGAACGUCGCGCCCCCAGGACUGGGGUUUCGUCCGGUAAUUUGUAUUCGACCUCCGUCCCCUCCGAGUUCGAGAAAUCGCACCCUUUUUCAUCAGUAAAGAGAUAUCUCCGGCAAGGCGAGAUUAAAAUAAAGGGGCUAGGGUCUCUGUCGCCAGUACGCCCAUCGACUGCAUUCUCAGAACGGCGAGGGUUUUCCAACACUUCGCCGGGAGUAGCUCCGCCCAAAAGCUCGCCCACCCCGGUCACUCCCUCCCACGAACCGGCCGCGUCGGCCUAUCCUAGCCGCCGCUCAAGCUUACCCGCAACCUCACCUCCGGCAGACUUUACCUUCAAGCCUAGGCUACGAACAUCAACUUUAACCAGCAAUAGACAGCCUCAACUCCCCUCUAAUCUUAAUGCAGCUUCGUUGCGAAGCCCGUCGUUAGACACAAGCCGCCGCCGACUAUCCGUAGGCGGGGAUACCGCAUAUGGACACCAAAAAGAACUUCCCUACACCCAUUACCAACGAUCGAAUUCCCGACCCGUGACGCCUCACACUGAUUUGAGCGACUUCACAAGCAUGCUUUCGAGCACGCUCCCUGACGGGGCGCGGGACGACCACGCUGCCCAACCGCAGUAUUCAAGCCCACAUCCCGUGGCUACAAUCGCCGGUCCAGCGACGAAUGUAGGCUCUACAAAUCUAUCAGGACUGGUGUGCAAUGUACAUAGAACUACAGGUAGAGAGCCUCAUGCCCUGGUUGGCGCCACUACCACGAUCCUGGGCGACAAAUUAUACGUUUUCGGAGGCCGUAUGUUAUCUCGAACUCGACCAGAGCUUACGUCAGAUCUCUACGAGCUCGACCUGAUACGCCGUCAUUGGAGUAAGAUCCAGACAACGGGGGACAUUCCCCCGCCACGAUAUUUCCACAGUGUAUGUGCGCUCGGCGAUACAAAGUUGGUCUGCUAUGGUGGCAUGUCUCCCCGGGUCGCACCAGGGAACCAGUCAUCAAGCAAUUUGUCCCAAACUGCCGCCCAGGAUUCCCAACCGGAGAUUGUCGUGAUGUCUGACAUACAUAUCUACGAUGUACCGACGCGGACAUGGACACGUAUUCAGGCGAACAACACACCUCAGGGGCGGUAUGCCCACUGCGCUACCGUCCUUCCCUCAUCCGCAGUCUUUACCUCCUCUCAAGCACCCUUAUCGGCGAUCCAACACAAUCCAUCCUCAUCUAACCCACACCAAGGCACAAUAGGAGUCGAUAUCGAUGGCUACGGGGGCGCUGAGAUGGUGGUCGUUGGAGGCCAGGACAGCUCCAAUCAUUAUAUCGAACAAAUCAGCAUAUUCAAUCUGCGAAGUUUGAGAUGGACUGUGACGUCCCCCUUAGACCGGAGCUGUGGUGCCUAUCGAAGCGUUGUCACACCCCUGAACGAUGUCCCUGUGUCACACAUUGGAGCAGGCGAUGAUUUUACACACUCUAAGGAUGCGAAUACGGAUGUUAACGGGACUCCCCUUUUAAUAUAUUCAAACUAUAAUUUUCUUGAUGUGAAGCUAGAGCUUCAGAUUCGACUGCCGAGCGGCCGACUAAUAGAAAAGACCAUGGACACCUCCGUUUCUCCUCCCGGUCUUAGAUUCCCAAACGGCGGCAUCAUCAAUGGGCAUUUUGUUGUUAGCGGUACUUACUUAACUUCUUCCAAACAAGAGUAUGCGCUUUGGGCACUAGAUUUAAAAACCCUGACUUGGGGUCGCAUAGAUGUUGGUGGCACGAUGUUCAGCAAUGGUAGUUGGAACCGCGGAGUUCUAUGGAAUCGACGCAGCACAUUUGUUAUUUUAGGGCAUAGGAAACGGAGUCUGGUUGAAGAUUAUAAUCAUCGCCGUCUUAACUUUACUCACGUUUGUUUGGUGGAGCUGGAAGCCUUUGGACUCUACGAGAAUCCUCGCCGGACCUCAGCCACGUCGGAAUAUCAAUCAGUGAGCGCCCCUGCAUUACCAGCAUCCAUACAGCCCAGGUUCUCUUUGCAAUCUGGUGGCGGUCGGCCUUACUCUGCAGCUGCGCAACGGUUGGGUCUUGCGGCACAAUCGCUCAUGGAAAUAGCCGAUAUGGACCUACUUACAAUUGGUGGCGGGAGAAUCCCAGUCAACUCCCAUGUUCUCGCCAGACGAUGGGGUCCCUAUUUCGUCCAGUUACUGCGUCGAUCCACGUCAAUUGCAUCAGACAACUUAUCUGACGCGGGUACUGUUCGUCGGCCUGGCUCUUCCUUUGCCAACAAUCAAGGCAGCAAUAAACGCAGUUCUAAUGUCACCAUCACACCUACAAUAAGCCACAAGAGCCAUACUUCCACGUCUUCUUCAGCGACCACCCUUGUCAAUCAUGCCAGUGCGCCGUCGAACGCUAGCGCGAAUACCCCUUCUGCGGCACUUCCUAACCUUGAGAUACCAUCUGCUCACUCUCUCACACCGAUGUCACGUCCGCGAACGCUCUAUCUCCCGCACACCUACCUAACAGUGCAACUGCUUGUUCAUUUUCUCUACACCUCAUCACUUCCCCCUAUCAACUCACCUCUAUGCACUCCCCAAAUACUUUGCUCACUUCUACAACUGGCACGGCCGUAUCAAGUUGACGGGUUGCUUGAAGCUAUUGUCGAACGUUUACACCAAGUCCUGGACGGCCGUAACGCCGCCGCGGUAUUCAACGCUACCGCCAUGGCUGCGGGCGGUGGACGCGGAACUGGAUUUUCCAGUGGCACUGGCGGCACGUUAGAGAUUUUGAAUGGCGGCGCCAGGUCACGUCCUGAACUAGGCAGGACGUCUUCAAGCCAACAGGUAAGCGCGGUGCAUCCAAACUCCGCCGAAGUAGAUGGCAAUGAAGCCUCUUCCUCCGGCCGGCGUCCAUCCACCAACUCGGCCUCGCAACAACGCCCUUCUAACCUCCGAAUCAAUACCAACCUGGGAGGUCGCCAUCGCACCGAAUCUCUUAGCAGCGCCAGCACCGUUACCUCCGCAUCCACAAAUACCAGCAACAGCUUCACGGAGUCGGACGUCGUUGGCCGCCAGUCGAGCAAUGGCGACAGCUCCAGUCGGCCACAGACACAAAGCAAAGCCGACAGGGAGGUAUGGACGGGAGGGAUCAGUAGCGUUGUCGGGUUACAGAAACGCGGAUUGCGGGGGUUGAUGGAAGGGCGGCGUCUGCGCGAGAGAGGCGCGACGAAUGCCGGCGAUGAUCGGCAGACACCGACCGCUGGAGUAACGACGAUCCCCACCGGUGUGCCCGCGGUGGGAAAUGCCAAAGCCUUAUGA